GGAGUGUUAUCUGCAAGCCAAUCUCCAACAGGGUUUCUGAAACAAUGUCUCUUCGUGGUAAGUUCGUGAGUGAAUUAGAAUUAAAUGCAGCUGCUCACAAAUACUAUAAGCUUUUCAAGCAUCAAGUUUCUCAUAUUCCCAAUAUCAGCCCUGGCAUCUUCAAAAAUGUUGAAGUUCAUGAAGGCGAUUGGGAUACCCAUGGCCAUGGCUCCAUCAAAAUCUGGAACUACAAUAUUGAUGGUAAGGAUGAAGUUUUCAAAGAACAAGUGGAAUUUGAUGACGAGAAGCUGUCGGUGACUUUGAUUGGAUUAGAAGGAGAUGUGUUUGAGCAUUACAAAACUUUUAAGGGAAUAUAUCAAGUUGUGCCGAAGGGACCUGAACAUUGCUUGGCGGUUUUGACGUUGGAAUAUGAGAAACUUGAUGAUGGGUCUCCGUAUCCAUAUAAGUACCUUGAUCUCAUGAAUAAUCUCACCAGGGACAUCGAGUCUCACCUUAAGUAAAAGCUCCCUCGUGUUUUGAUGUGUGGUUGGUUAUAUUAUGUUCUUGUUGUGUUUUCCUUUUGGAAUUAGCUCGGGUCGGUCAUGCUUGUUUGUGUUGUGUGCUUUUCUAUGCUUACAAAAAUAAAUAAUGGUUACGUGAUUAUUCUCA